ACCAGGACUUUCUAUCCUGCAUGUCCAGGGAUUACCAAAUCCCGGUGCAUUAAUUAAACAACAACAACAAAACAAAAAGGACCCGGAUUCCCAGCUGAUCCUGUGACUGUGAAUCUGUGAUGCGUGCGUUUCCAAAGCCAAUCUCGAUAGUAAUCAACAUUCUACUAUUUCCAACGUGUACACAAAUCCCUGGAAACAGAAACAACCACGGCUCUCGGGGCCCAUCCUCCUGCCCUCCCCCACGAGGCCAGCUGCGAUACAAGAGUCCCCAACCAACCAAAGGACGAGGCGAAGAGGAAGCGUGAGUGGGUGACAGAAGAACGAGGCGAGCGGAGCGGAGUGGUUGGGAGGAGCGUCCAGACUGAUCGAGGGUUUAGGGUUUCUCCUCCCUCCCCUCCUCCACGCCGCGCCCCUGGCCCCGCCGCCGCCAUGGCUGGAGUGGAGGACGAGGACGAGUUCAAGGAUGCCCUGGGGGCCGCCGUUCCGCCACCUUGCUCGCAGUCGCCGAAGCCCGCCUCCAAGUCCAAGCCCGCUACCGGCGGCGGCGGCGGUGGUGGCGGCCUCGGGAGGAGGCUGUUCGCUUCCAUUCCUCUCCCCGCCACCCUCUCCGCCGCCAUCGGCCGCUUCUCCAGCCCCAAGCCGCCGGCUUCCAAUGUGGGCCUCGGGCUCCUACUCGACGCGGGGGCGGGGCUCGAUCCCUCUGCCGACGGCCCCCCUGCCUCCUACGACGCGGCUGCCUCGGGCGGCGGCGGCAGCCUCCACAUGCCUUCGUUUGCUGCUCUCCAGCGGCAGCACGGGGAUGAUCAGGUUGCUGGGCGUGGCGCAGGUGCUGGGCUGGAGGAGCUAGGGUUGGUACCGGCCGAGGAAGAGUGGGGUACAACUGAAGACAGUCGGGAGAAGGUAGGCCUUGCUGUUGAUGUUCGCUCUGGGAACAGAAAUUGUUUCCCGACGCGUGGUCAGGAGGAGGAGGGGGAGCAGUGCCCUGGUGAGCAGUGCCCUGGUGAUGAGUUGGGGGCAGCCGUGGCCCAAGAUCAGGAGGUGGUGGUGGAGCAACAAGGGGGCACCGAGGACUGUGCUGCUGUGGUGGAAGAUGACAGUAACUACUCUCACGCUGCAGUAGAGCAAUGUGCUGGUGAUGAAACAAGGGCAGUCAAGGCUAGCAAUGAUGUGGAAGUAAAUGAGAGGGUGAUCAAGCAAGAAUGUGCUGGUGACAUACUGGAUGCAGCUGAAGAUGGUGUUUCUGUAGGAUUGCAAGAGGAGGAGAAUGCUGUGGUGGAAGAGCAAGGCGUGGAUGUCAUUUCUGUACAAGAUCAACAUGAGGUGGUGGAGCAGUGCGCUGGUGAUCAGUUGACAACAACCACAGAUGGUAAUGCUGCACAAGAUCAAGAGGUGGUGGUGGAGCAAGAAGGGGCAACUGAGUGGUACACUGCUUUGGAAGCUGUAGAACAAUGGAGCGAUGAUGGGUCAAAAGCAGGAAAGGAUGGGGGUAUUGUUGAAGAAGAGAAGGGUGUGGAAGAAGAAGGUGCUGUUGGUCUACUACUGGAUGCAGCCAAGGAUGGUGCUCCUGUGGAAUCACAAGAGGAGGAUGACUUGGUGGUGGCAGAGCAAAAUGAGGAUGACAUUUCUUCACAAGAUCAACAUAAAGUAGCGGAGCAGUCCAUCAGUGAUCAAUUGAGAACAACCACAGACGGUAAUGCUGCACAAGAUCAAGAGGUGGUGCUGCAUAAGGAUUGUGUAACUGUGGAACCACAAGAGGAGAAUGUGGUGGUGGCGGAGCAUGGCGAGGAUGGCAUUUCUGUGCAAGAUCAACAUAAGGUUGUGGAGCAAUGUAGCAGUGGUCAACCGAGAACAACCAUGGAUGAUAAUGCUUCAGAAGGUCAAGGGGUGGUGGAGCAGGAAGGUGCCAUCUUUUAUAUGGAUGCAACAACAGAUGAUAUUGCUGUUGAAGAUCAAGAGAAGUUAAUGAAGGAAUCUGAUGGUGAUGAAUCAAGAGCAACCAGGGAUGAAAAUUCUGUGGAAGUUAAGGAUAAGGUGGUGGACCAAGAAGGUGUCGUAGACGAAUACGGUGUGUUCAAGGAUGGCUGUGGUGCGGAGUUACUAAAGAACAACGUAGUGGCUGUAGAGCAAGUUGAGGAUGGCAUCUCUCUAUCGGAUGAGGAUAAUAUGGUGGAACUAUACACAAGUGAUCAGCUGAGAUCAACCCUGGAUGACCAUGCUGCAGAAAAUCAAAAGGCGGUGGAGCAAGAAGGUGACAUUGUCGAAAGGGUUGUGACCACAAAUCGUAUUGCUGGUGAAGACCAAGAGAAGGAAGUAGAGCAAUCUGCUGGUGAUGAAUCAAGGUCAACCAAGGAUGAGAAUGGUCUGGAAGAUAAUGAGAAUGUGGAUCCAGAAGAUGUGAUCAACAUACAAGGCGUGAACAAUGAUGUCAGUUGUGUGGAGGCACAAGAGGAGGACGUGGUGGUUGUAGAGCAAGGUGGGGAUGACAUGUCUGCAGGAGAUGAGGGUAAUGCGGUGGAGCAAUGCACCAAUGAUUGGUUGAGAGCAACCAUGGAGGUUAAUGCUGCAGAAUUCCAAGAGUUGGUGGAGCAAGGAGGUGCCAUUUUUGAAAAGGGUAUGACUGCUGGUGGCAUUACUGUUGAAGAUCAAGACAAGGAAGCGGAACAAUCUGCAGGUGACGAAUCAAGUGUAACCGAGGGUGAGAAUGCUGUGGAAGGUAACAAGAAGGUGGAUCAAGAAGAUGCCAUUAACAGACAAGGUACAGCUAAGGAAGACAGUGGUGUGGAGCCACAAGAGGAGGAGAACGUUGUGGAUCCAGAUCAAGGUGUGGAUGGCCUUUCUGUACUAGAUGAGGGUAAUGUGGUGGCACAAUGCACCAGUGAUCAAUUGAGAACAACCAUGGAAGAUAAUGCUGCAGAAUUGCGAGAGGUGGUGGAGCAAGAAGGUGCCAUUUUUGAAAAGGGUGUGGCCUCACAUGGCAUUACUGUUGAAGAUCAAGACAAGGAAAUGGAACAAUCUGCAGGUGAUGAAGCAAGAGCGACCAAGGGUGAGAAUGCUGUGGAAGAUAAAAAGGUGUAUCAAGAAGAUGCCAUUGACAAACAAGGUGCAACUAAGGAUUGCAGUGGUGUGGAGUCACAAGAGGAGAACAUGGUGGUUCCAGAUCAAGGUAUGGAUGGCCUUUCUGUACUAGAUGAGGGUAAUGUGGUGCCGCAGUGCACCAGUGAUCAACUGAGAACAACCACAGAUAAUAAUGCUGCAGCUGAUCCAGAGGUGCCGGAGCAAGAAGGUGUUGGUAGCAUACUGGGUGCAGCCAAGGUUGACAUUGCUGUGGAAGAAUCGCGAGAGGAGGACAUCAUGGUGGCAGAACAAGUUGAAAAUGGUGUUUUUGUACAGGAUCAAGAUGAGGCAGUGGAGCAACACACCAGUGAUCAACUGAAAACAAUCGCAGAUAAUAAUGAUGUGGAAGAUCAAGAGGUGCACAGAGAGAAGAUUGUUCUCUCUGAAGGAUAUCCACAGAGGCCUGGUAAACUGAACUGCCGUUUUUACAUGUCAACCGGGAGCUGCUCAUAUGGGUCAUCGUGCCAUUUCAAUCAUCCACGGCUCAAAGCAAAACUGGAAGUUUCAAGUUUCCCUUCUGAACAAAGAAAUCAUGAAGUUGAAUUUCUGGAACUGAACCGUGUUGGCCUCCCCAUUCGGGAAGGAGCAAGGAAUUGUACCUAUUACAUGCGUUAUGGUACAUGCAGAUAUGGAAAGAAAUGUUGUUAUAACCAUCCCGAGCAAGUUCUUGAUGUUCAAAUCCACACGGCAACGGGAUGGGAUGAUACUAACUUGCAAUCUUCACCACACUCAAAGAAGUCACCUGAACAUGGAACCAUGGAUGACACACGAUUUUCUCCUGAGGUUCUUCCUCCAAACAUAAUUCGGAUGCUUUUACCUCCUCAGAAUGUGCCCCCUUGUACAGAAGAAAAGGAAAUGAGGAUAAAAAAGGAUCCUGAUUGGGCAUCUGCUUCAGAUGAUUCUGAUGGCUGCUGCUCGGCGGAUAGUUCAGAUGGGCCUUUGUGCAAGCAGGAACAUGGGGGCUAUCCUGAGAGGCCUGAAUGCCCUUUCCUUCUGAGAUUUGGUAAUUGUAGGUUUGGAUCAUCGUGCCAAUAUUACCAUCCAAAAGACAAAGUUUCAAGUACCUACCAUCCAAAAGACAAAUUCCAAAGUAGAUACCAUCCAAAAGAAAAAUCAAGUAGAUACCAUCCAAAAAAGGAGCCAGCACUAUCAGGAGAACUGAUGGUUUAUCCUGACAGACCUGGUGAACCUGAGUGCCCCUUCUAUGUGAAAACCGGGUCCUGUAAAUUUGGUGCAAACUGUAAGUUUCAUCACCCGAAGGAUAUAGCCCCAAGCAUGCAGGGUCCAGCAAGUCCAAAAAGGUCAGUUGCUGCAAACGAACACCACCCAGCAGCUAGAACCACACUACAAGAUCAGAUGUAUCAGCAACAAAAAUAUCCUGAGAGGCCUGGUCAACCAGAUUGCCGGUACUACAUGCAAUUUGGGAAAUGUAAAUUUGAAUCAGCAUGUAUAUUCAAUCAUCCAAAACUUUCAAGUGGGUGGCAUCUGGCAGAAUGCCCAUUCUACAUGAAAACUGGGUCAUGCCAAUUUGGAUCAGCUUGUGAAUUUUAUCACCCGAAAGUUCGGUGCCCAAGCAGAGGGGGAGUAAUUGAUGGUACUGACUAUGGACAUGAUUUUGCCACGAAGUCACAGAAUGUUCUGCAGCAACACGAACAGGCAAUAUAUCCUGAAAGGCCUGGUGAACUUGAGUGUCCUCACUACAUGAAGCAUGGUUAUUGUAAAUUUCAGAUGAACUGCAAAUUCCAUCAUCCAAGAGAUCGUCUUCCAAAGAAAUAGGACCGUUUGGCUACGUAACUGACCCUGGUGGGGAUAUGAUUGGCUGUGGCUGAUGAGUGGAGCAAGUUCUGAUGAUGGGACAAAAAUACUUGUAGGAACCCCUAGUCUUCCUUUCUGAGAUCGAUCGAUUCUACUCAUGUCUAUGUCGAAUUUCUACUACUAGUACCAGAUGCGAACUGCCUGGUGGCUCCCAACUCCCAGUCACUCAUAUACCAUCUAACAUUGCUAUGACCUCGAUGUGGUGUCAACUUGAAUUUGUGGAUUACGUAACUCAGCAUGCAUGCAGCUCAGAUCCCUGCAGUUGCUGAAGAUUGGGAUAACGGCCA